AGUUUGCAGUUCUCGAGAACUUCUUCAAACAGUGCUUUCUGAGAAACUGCAGAGUAAUAACAUCAAACUUUUCUUCCAGGGAGUGUUUGUCACACAUUUGCAUGUUGGAUGCAUCCGGUUCAGUGGUGUUACGGCAGUUUUCUGCACGAUGAGGCUGCUGAGAGACACCUGGUGUCUAUGUAACUUUGGACUGCAGGACGCUGCCUCCCAUUGCAAGAUGACAACUGAAAAACUCUUCAGCCUGCCACUAAACAUCUACCUCAUCAUCCUGGGCACUGGCCUCUUCAUCCUCAUGCUUAGCCUCAUCUUCUGCUGCUACUUUUUCAGACUGAGAAGACAAGGUGCGAGAGAGCACUAUGGCUACAAUGAGGUGGUUUUGAAAGGGGCAGGAAAGAAACUGAGUCUUCUUGGUCAAACAUGUGCAGUAUGUUUGGAAGAGUUUCGCUGCAGGGAAGAGCUUGGAGUGUGCCCAUGUUCACAUGCUUUUCACAAAAAAUGUCUGCUAAAAUGGUUAGAAAUCCGGAGUGUGUGUCCAAUGUGCAACAAGUCAGUUUGUCGAGUCCAAACUGAACCCCAACAAACAGCAGAGCAGCCACAGAGUCUCUCGGAGGUCUGAUAAAGGAGCAAUGAUGGGCAAUCUUCAUUCA